UGAUAUUUUUCCGGAUAUUCACAUCACGUUCACGGAAAUCCUCCUGUCUAUUUCCGUGCGUCAUGUGAAUGUUAUUGCGUAUGAGAAGAGUUCUCCUUCAGUGUCUAUCUUGCUGACAUGUGGCAAAGUGUGAAGAAAACUUUAAAGAUUUUAUCAUGUGUUUUGAUGAUUGGCAAUGUCGUCGUUGGAAUAGUGGUUAUUUCUACAAUAACCCAAACUCAAACACCGAACAACGUGCAGACAAGACUAAAAGAGGUAUACAGUAUGAUUUAUGAGAACAUGGACUUUCGGGAACAAUUCGAAAAGGCCGAUGACGUUGAUGUUCCUGACCUACAGUUCCUGAAUCUUCUGAAGCCAGUUGUACAUUUCUCUGGGCUCGACCUCGACCAAGCUAUGGGGAAUGCAGGUAACUCACUCAGCAUCAAAAUGUGCUUUUUAGAUCGAGAAAAGAAUUUGACGACGCUCCGAAACUGGGCCAACCCUGAUGGUUCUGACAGAAAGCUCCUGUACAAUGGAAUGAGUUACGAGAACGGCUCCAUCACGGUACCAGCAGCAGGAGUGUACCACAUCACAAGUCACGUCAAGUUCUACAUCGAGGACAACAGGAAGGAUGACAAGCCACUCCAGACAUUCCGGCACCAGGUUGUCCGCUAUAGCGCCUCCAGCCAGACACAGGUCGUGUUGUUUGAGAAUGCCGUGACUGAGUGUAAAGAGGGUAUCAACGACGGAGCUCACCUGGAGUACCCGAGUGAUGCUGGUGGACUGGCUCAGUUGGAUGCUGGAGAUAAUAUCAUAGUUAAGGUGUCUCAUCUCCAUCCCCUGAAACACGACAGAGACUGGCAUUUGGUUGACAUGUAUCUUGUGUAACGUGUUUAUUACCUGUGCCUGAGAACGUAUGAUUAUACACAAAUUCCACGAGUCUAUUGCGAGUUAUUGCUUUAUAUACAGCAUCUUCAGCAACUCCUCGUUGAUAUUCCUGUGGCUGAUGAUAGGAGUGAGUUUAGUUUUACGCCGCACUCAGCAAUAUUCCAGCUAUAUGGCGUGAUGAUAGGUAUUUAAUUCUUCUAAUCUUAAUUUCUUGAAACAAUUAUAGUACACGCUAUUCCCAUUACACAAUGGAAUAUUUACUUUUGGGUGCCGCGGGCGACACGAAUUGAAUUGCAGGUUUUGAUGCGUGUCCAUUGGUUUGUAGUCAAUAUCCGUUUUCAGUUGGUCUCCUUGCUUUUUAAUCUUCACGUCCAAACGAUUAGUCGUAUUAUGGUCGUAUUCGAUGGUUAAUGAAAUCAAAUAUUGGAUCGAAUUUUCCGAAAACUGUUUACAUUUCCACUGUUGAGAUCCAAAUAAGAAAACAGUUGUACAAA